UCAGCCAAAAUUUAUGACCAAAGAGGUCGUUAGGGUUAGGGCCUAAAGGAUAUUUCAGUCAGCAGCUUCCGCGGUGUGCUAUUGCGAUGGCGGAGAUUGCUCGUCAGGGGAAGCGAAAAUUGGAAGAGGAGAGUGUGAAUGGCGGAGAUUGCUCGUCAGGGGAAGCGAAAAUUGGAAGAGGAGAGUGUGAAGGAGUUAGGUGAUGGAGGAGGUCCAAAUCAGAAUUUCGCAAGGUCCAUUGAUAAGGAAGGUGACGGUGAAGACGAAUACUACGAUUCUGAUGAUGAUCUUGUUAUGUAUGCGGGCGGUUCGCAGAAUGAGCCGUGAGCUUCAGGACGAGUAUAACCGGCAGGUCGACGAGAGCGAGGGUUUUGAUAUUACUCUGGAUUUGACUUUGGGUGCUGGUAUUGGGGCUCCAAUUUUGCCACAACGGGGUAACGAGGGCGACCCAAUAUUUGUUGACCUCUCCCGCAGAGCCAUUGAAAAUUUCAAUUCACAGAAUGCUACAACAUACCGAUAUGUGAAAAAUGUGACUGUGAACACUUCAUAUGCUGCUGGGAUGUGGUGUUACAUCACCUUUGAAGCCAGGGAUGCUGAUGCAAAUGCUACUACGGAUGAUGAUUCCAGUGCUCUAAAGACCUUUCAAGCAUUGGCGUGGUGGGGAAUUGAUGGAGAGAGAGAUGUGAGAUAUUGCAGGUUUAAGAAACCUUCCACUCAUUGAAGGUAACUUUAAUAUGCAUCUUCUCGCUGGUUACAUACAUUGCUUAUACAUGCUACGUGCUCAUGCUUACAACAAGGGAGGGUGGUGUGUACGCAGACCUUAGUAUAUACAUAUUGCUACCCGAGGCGGAUGCAGGAUUUGAUAGGAGUGAGUGCACCACCGCCUUAAAUGUACACAUGUCACUAGUCGUAGAAUCUAAGCAGGAAUAUGCUUUUGGUUGAUUCAGUUGGUUUUAGAUUAACUCAGUCUGAUCUUUUGUUCAUAGUUUCAGUUUCUAGAAUUUUUUUUUUAUAUAUACACCUAUCAAAUGUCAAAACAGAGAGAAUGAAAAUCUUUAUUGGCGAAGCAUAAUAUUUUCUAAGGCAGAUAUUGUCCCAAAAAAUAGGAAAUCAAAGAGACAAAAAAAAGGAAUAGUUUUUGUUAAGGGUUUACCCUCUCCAUUCAUGUGAAAUAAACUUUGAACAUGGAGAUAUUAGUACUACCAUAAUUUAAUGGUUAGUCUACAUAGGAAAGAAACGGCAUGCAAAGAGAACAAUCCUACAUCAAAUUCAAUAUAACUCUAGUAUCUGCUUCAUGUUGAUAUGUUUAAAGAAAAUGUCAACUCAAAAGAGAAAAUAAACUCAUAAUAGUGUUAAAGUUUUAGAGAAUUGUUAACUUUUCCCUAAUUAAUAAUGCAUGAUAUAUUUAGUUUUAUUUCAAAAUAUCUUGGUUUUUGGCAAAUAUUUGUAAACAAUUACUAAUAAUAUUAUUUGAAUGUAGCAAUGAAUAAGAACCCCCCAAUUGUAUGAUUAUAAAAAGAUUCCGGGGGAAAAAGGCCAAAAAAAAAAAAAGCAAAACGGCCCCACAAACUAAAAAAGAACAAGAGGAGAAUACU